CCGUACUCAUUUUUGCAUUCACAGCACGCUAGCCAUCUCUAAAAAACGCCAUUAGUUUUUGUAAUAUUGGUAAGCUUUGCUUGGCUACAGUUCUUUUAAUUUCCAAAAAUAUUUGCCAGAACAUAAAAUGUCUAAAGCCCAUCCACCAGAGUUGAAAAAGUACAUGGACAAGCGUAUGCUCCUGAAACUGAAUGGAGGACGCUCUGUAGCCGGUAUUUUGCGGGGAUUUGAUCCUUUCAUGAACGUUGUACUAGACGAAACAGUCGAAGAAUGUAAAGAUAGCACACGAAAUAAUAUUGGAAUGGUGGUAAUUCGUGGGAAUAGCAUUGUAAUGGUGGAGGCACUGGACAGGGUCUAAAGCUCUGGAGAGAAUCAAUACCCAGCAGUUCAAUUAGCAUAAGUUAUCCAUUGUAUGGUACGUGUAUAAUAAAAUAAAAAUCAAUAAACCGAAGAUAACUUUAAUGUCUUUA